AUUUGGUCUUUUUGAAGCAGCAGUCAGGGACGAACAAGAGUUUGUGCUGUAGUGACAAUAGUGUGCCCAGCAGCUACCUUCUCGAUUCACGAUCCACAUUGGUGCAUGGCUUGAAGGUUCACGAACAUUGCCAGCAAUAAUCAAGGAAGUGCGAACUUCAGACGUCACUCAUAAUUGCAAACAUACGCGGAAUAGAGCACAUCUACAGAUUCAUUUCUGGCUGGCAGGACUGCGCUGAAGAAUCACCCGAAGCGCACGCAUUGAAGAAGCCGAAUCUCGGUUUAGCGACGAAUUGAACUUGAGCUACAUCAUGGCGCGAGGCAUCAUCACUCCCUGGCGAUCGCACAGCGACCUCCUCGAGGUCCGCAAACAACUCUAUCGACUAGACCAAAGCCCCGAUACCAACAACGACCAACCCAACGACCCACGACACCAUGCGGUCCAACGCGUCAUGGCGUGGAAAGUGCGAGGAAACCUUCCGCACGCGGUGGAGUCGACCGCUCUGCUGAUGGAUGCGAUCCUGCACCACGCGAUUCCGGAGACGUCGAUUUUCAGCGUGCGCGCCGUCUACAGCGCAGCCUUCACGCGGUUCGUGACAGGCUUCUGCGACAUCGGGCGGAACAAGGAGCGCAUGCUGGAGCCGAGCAGCAUGCUGGAGAUUGCGAAGCAGAUUGAUAUGCCGGUGGAAUUUGUCACGCUGAGACACGAAGCUACUCAUCAGGAACUGCCCGAGGUCCAUCGAUUGGUGAGCGCGACGGAGGAUGCGUUGGAUUGGUUGUGGAAUGUGUAUUGGAGUCGAUUGGUCGACCCGGCGGUUGUGGAUGGAGACGUGGCGGCCAUGGCGCAAUUCAGGACGGAUGCGAAGCAGAAACUUCGAGACUUCCGGAGCACGCGACGAGAGGCUUUACGGGCCAAGGUCACUGCACCUGCCGACCGGGAGCAGGAAAUCUGGAGGUCGGCCAAAUCUUGUGCAGACCUAAUGGCGGACAGUACGUAUCGCAUCGAGGUUUUUGCGGAGGUCCUCCUGGACGACAAGCUCCUAUUCCCAUCAAAGCGAGAGCUCGGGACUUCCCUGGACGGCGCGUUUCUGUUGUGGGACCGAUUUCUGCAGGAAAUCUUCAACGAACAGGAACAGUUCCUUGAGAUCCUGAUCAAGCGAAUGCUUUAUGCCAUUGGCGAGUCUAAUCUCUCACAAAAGGCUGACGAUCGAAACGCUGAAGCGUGCUGUUUCUGGCUUGAACAUAUGGUGGAUCCCAAAGGCUGGACGAGCAGCAUCACCCCAUCCGAACGACAACUGAUCCAGGCCCAUAUCGUAAUGUGGUGCUGCACACAUCCUGGGCACUGG